AUGCUGGCCAAGCGAGGUAAGAGACUCGGAGUCGAAUUCAUUGCAGGUGAAUCGGGGACCGUGACGGGCUUCAUCCGGGAUCCCAACAACACCAAAACCGUCAUUGGCGUGCGCACGGCAAACCGGACCAUCUGGAAAGCCAAGAAAGUCAUCGUCUCCGUGGGGGCAUACUCGGAAACGUUGCUCGACUUCAAGAACCAGCUGCACGCGGUGGGAUACCCCGUCACGCAUAUACGCAUGACCGAGGAACAGUACCAGCGGUACAAGGACCUGCCCGUGGUCGCCAUCACGCGUUGA